UUUAUUCAUAACAGAUACGUGCCAUUUUGUUAUGUCUUUGAGCCGCGUCGUUACUCGUCGUUACUUUUUUAGGGACUCGGUUGUGUUCUGCGGUAGGCUUGCAUUGAGGAAGCACUGUGGUCCAAGAGCUAAGCUUUACACUUCCUCAUUCUCAUCAUUAUUGGGGUCUACAUCAUGGUCUACAUGCAGAGCUCAACUCAACAUUAUACCAGCCUCGUAGUGGUGAUGUGAUUGAUUUAGUUGUUGUUUUAACUAUUCACCUUACGGUUCUCUUCUGAGUGAUGUGCUGCAAUUCAACUUCAGAAAAAAUAUGGUGAAAUUCGUUUGCUGAUGGAUUUUUUCCAUAGGCUUGAAGAAAUUAUAGUUUGCACAACAUCCGCAGGUUGAUAGCUGUAAGGCUCGAAGAAUGCCUCGUUCUUUCCUGGUGAAGCGAAGGGACCCGAACCACCAGCGGGCCACUUUGAGAAGCUCUGGCCAGAGCAGUGCUGUCAUGACACUGUGCGAGUUGCGACAACCUAGGCGGCCCUGGGACAGCGCCUUGGAAAGCUCCUCAACAAUAAUACACAGAGAUCACACUGGGAUCUGUUCCUCCUUGCUGCCAAAGCCCCACACUGCGUUACAGCCACUCGGCUCCAAGACAUCCAAUACUGACACCUGCAGUUCUGACAGUAGAUAUGAUUCAACUUCUGAUGGGAGUAACAGAUUAGCCCCAACCUCGCAAAUGGGGAAAACCUUUAGUUGUACAGUGUGCGGAAAGGUCUUCAAGCGUUCCUCCACUCUGUCCACGCAUCUGCUCAUCCACUCCGACGUCAGGCCCUACCCCUGCCAGUACUGUGGGAAGCGCUUCCACCAGAAGUCGGACAUGAAGAAGCACACCUUCGUCCACACUGGUGAGAAGCCGCAUGUGUGCCGUGUGUGUGGCAAGGCGUUUAGCCAGAGUUCCAACCUCAUCACGCACUGUCGCAAACACAACUGGGAGUGGCCCUACCAUUGCCCGUGCUGUACCUUUGGCUUCCAGACCAAGCUAGCGCUGAGACAGCACUGCUGCUCCCUUCGCUACAAGGGAAGACUAACUGACUGACUAACUCGCAGGAGGGAAGGUCGGUCAGGCAGGAAGGGGGAUUAGCAUGCUAUGAAUUGUAUUAGAAGUAAAGGGGAUCUUGCUCCAAAGGCCAACUGAAGCCAUACCACGAUAGUAGGCUGCAGCAGGCCAAUGAAAUAUGCAGGGCAUAUCUUUUAAGCACGUAAUUAUUGUUAAUAGGAUCGAAUGUUGGGCCUUGGAGGUUAUGGUACGAUUGCGCUCCGCUCGCACUAGUCAAUGUAGGAGUUAGUUAGACUCAGGAGGUUCAUAAGCCCAGGUUACACAUAUUUUCAUCUACAAGCAAUUUGUGACGCAUGGACUGUAUAAGUUGCUAACAUAACAAUAUUUAUUUUUUCGAAACUUUAGUUUUUUGGUGUUUAACACAUUACCUUUUAAAUGUGGAUGAUGAUUGUUAUUGAUUUUUUUUAUGAUCCGGGGCUGAAAUGCCUUUCAUUCAUGUUCUGAAGCCCAGAAUUCAUCAAAUGAAAACGAUUGAGGCCAACAAGAA